CCUGAGACAACUGAUCGUGAUAAGAUUUGUAGGUCAAGAAGGAGAUUUGGCCCGUGUGUCUGACUGACGUUAAUUACCGGACGUUUCUUGACCAGCUGUGGAGGUCCAGCAUGUCCGUCCUCAGUCUCUGGCCAAACCUCAUGCUACUGGUGGCCUAUGUUAAGGGCAGACACAUGGCAAUGGAAGCGCCCGUCAACAACGACGUGUUGUGCAGAUCCUGUAACGACGCGUCUUCACCCGAGUCCUGUACGGCCUUCGAAAUGUGUGGCCAGGACGAGAUCUGCUUCACCCGAGAGUAUAUAGACGACACGGGCCACCACGCCUACAGGUUGGGCUGUGAGAGCAGGCAGAUCUGUGACAUGUACAAGACUCUACAGACGAUGGUAGGUCGUCGUGCCGCCCACCCCAGGCUAUGUUUCCAGUGCUGUGACACAGUCCAGUGCAACCCUCGUCUCUGUGCAACAAGCUUCAACUUUACCCUGCUCACUCCAAAAACUACAACCCGCCUAACUUCUACUACCCCAACUACUACAACCACGACCUCAACUAGUACGACAACCACCGUCACUACAACUACAACCACUGCAGGUCCGCCGUGUAUUGACCAGGGACAGUACUGUGACUAACACAGUGUUUGACAUUGCAGGUCCGCCGUGUAUUGACCAGGGGUAGUACUGUGACUAACACAGUGUUUGACAUUGCAGGUCCGCCGUGUAUUGACCAGGGACAGUACUGUGACUAACACAG